AUGAACAUCGGCACUGAUCGAAGUAUUUCCUCCGAAGAGAAAGCUCUCAUCGAACAGAUGCAAGCUGACGCGGAUAUCGAAGCGUUGUUCAAGUCGUACCAAGCGCUUUCUCAGGACGUGCAAAGUGCUGCGGGUGCAGAAGCGCUUGUCACUGCCGCGGCACGUGUGCGACAACCUAACACCGAUGUCGAUGCCAUCCAUGCGCUCUAUGCGUACAUGUGCCACCAUGGUCCAUCUCCUACCGAGGGUGUAUAUGCUGUUUUGACGGAUCUUUUGUGUCAGCGUGACCAUGAACUGUAUGGACGUCCUGGUUCUUAUGCUGAAUACCCUGACUAUUUCGGCCUGGCACUGCAAGUGACCACCGAUGCGUACGGUGCAAAGAAGCUACCGAGUUCGACAACUCUUUUCAAUCAGCUUUUACGCUGCUGUAUUCCCCGCGGUGCUAUAGAUAAGGCUGUGUCGGUUCUGUCGCUCAUGGAGAGCUGUUUUUGCGUUAUCAAAGACACUGACACUUACUGUCUUCUGUUACAGGUGUUCAUGAGUGACGCCGUUCCCACCCUAUCUGGACAUUCGUUCGAGGACCGACAAAAACAUUGCCUCGAAGCCUGCUUACAGAUAUUCCGGGCGUUUGAAGAUGUUGUCUCAAUGGUGUCACGCAAGGAUGCUCGGCCUGAUGAAUGCAGUUUGGAGCGAUGCGCCGACGUGUGGGCGACGAUGAUCGAUGCAUACUUUGUGCUAGGGGAUGUGUUUGGUGCUGUCGCUCUCUUUGAGCGGAUGAUUGCUGAAUCCACAAAAGAGCCUUCUGUGCCUGCCAUUGACGAACAGAUUGUCAGUCACAUGGUUAUGGGCUUUGUUCACGUCGGUGACGCCCGUGCUGCGAUUGAAUGGUUGUAUCAUCUGGAUGCAUCUCACAUGCCCGCACCGAGCUCGGAGGCGUUGGAAUGCGCUGUAUCCGGAGCGAUUCAUACACCAUCCACGGAUGCAGCUCUGCUUAUGCGGGAUGUGGGGCGCAUAUUGAUUGCUCGUGAUGCACCUGCCACCGGUUUGCAUGCUGCUGCGUCGAGGUGCGUGACAAACCUCGCAUCCGUGCUCGAAAUGCGGAAAGUGGAACGGUCGCUUAAUGCCUCUGAUAUAAGGUCUUGUUACGAGGUAUUAGAAAAACUUGCACGACUAUUGUUUUGUUCGCACGAUGCGGACCAUCCUCUAGCAUCGCGUCAGCAAACCGCGCCUGUAUCCGCCAUCUUGCGUCUUGCUGCGCACAACUCCAUGCACGGCUAUGCUGAGCGUGCAGGACAGCUGUUCCAGCUCAGCACUUUAGCGUUGAGACAUAGCGAUGCAUCGUCGCCAGCUGUUGUCAGUCUCAUGUGUGACGCGUGCCAUUUGCCGAUGGCGAUUGCUGAUGCGGCGGCAUCAGCGCCACAUGCUCUCAGCGGUUCGUGUGUUCGUCUCAUUGCGCUAUCGUCGCUUGUUCUGCCGGCAAUGGCAGGCCUUUCUGGCUCUUUGGUCGGCACAACUAACACGGCUGUUGUGCGGCAGUAUGAAGCUGCGAGCCGAGACUUGCACGGCGACCUUGCACCACUAGAUCUUGAUGAAGCCGCGUGGAAGCGAAUUGUAGAUGUUUUUUGUUCGGUGGAGAAGAGCAGUCCAAGUACGUAUCCCGGUCCAGAUGGAUAUACGGGCCUUGGCAAGCUUUUAGCCGAAGUGUCUCGCUUGCCACGGCCUCCGAAUUUGGAUUUGGAACUUAUCAAGUCUAUGCUCGAGGCCAAGUAUGGACCUGAUGGUGCCAUUAUUACGCAGGGCUGGCUUAGCAACUCGACAGCUGAAUCGUCAUCCGCACCCAGAAGGGCCUCUUCUCCUUCAUCGCCCACGCCGUCCAAGGCCCCUUUGUCUCAGCCGACUAAACCCAUGGAGGCGCUGUUUUUGGAGGGAAGGCUUUCGCCUCACCUGCCGCCUGUUAAAUCCAUUGAUCAGGUCUUAACACAGGCGAUUCAAAGUCUUGCACGUCCACAUAAUCAGGAGGAACAUGCCACCGACUUGUAUGAUCGGCUCAAGGACAAUAUUCAACAUGGUCAAUAUCCGACACCAUCUUCGCUUGCCGUAUUAAUUAAUGCGUUUGGACGCAGUGCUCAAGUCGAUCAAAUCGACGAGUUGUACGAUAUGGCGUUACACGUCCUUGCUUCCAAGCCAUCAGAUGAACACUGGCGAACGCAACAAUGGACGCAGCUCGAGGAUGGAAUGAUCACUGCUUUAUCUCAUGCAAUGUUAGGCCAGCGUGCCAAUGCCCAUCGACUCCGCAUGAUUGCUGCAAAUCAGGUGCCUAGCGCUAGCGCAUACGCGGCACUAAUUGCCACAAUCCAGGAACGUACAGAUGACGCGAUCGUCGCGGAAGAGCUCUUCAACGAAUCUCAGCGUUUGGGUGUGCGUCCAACAACGUAUCUAUUCAACACCAUCAUUUCCAAACUAUCGCGUGCACGAAAAGUCGAACAAGCACUUCGACUGUUUGAUACAAUGCAAACAUCAAAUUUGCGACCUAGCAGUGUAACGUAUGGAGCUGCUAUCAAUGCAUGUGUUCGCACUGGGGAUGAGGCGCGUGCGACUCAGCUAUUUGCAGAAAUGGAAGCCCAGCCGAUGUUCCAACCACGCGUGCCUCCGUACAAUACCAUGAUCCAGUAUUAUGUUCACUCCGUCAUGAAUCGCGACAAAGCGUUGCAUUAUUACGAAAAAAUGCAACAAGCAGGUGUAAGACCUAGCGCGCACACCUAUAAGCUGCUUCUUGAUGCAUGGGGCACUAUCGAGCCUGUACAACCUGAUCGUCAGCAAGCCGUGUUUGCUCGUCUAUCGGCUGAUCGCCUGGUCGGCGUGCAAGGCACGCACUGGGCAUCGCUCAUUCAUACCCAAGGUGUUGUGCUACAUGAUCUAGAGCGUGCGAUGGAAACAUUUGAGUCAAUCGCGAAUCGAGCGCCAAGAAUCCCGCGUGGCAAUGCGCCUCUAUCUACUGUGCCUGAUGCCGUCGUGUUUGAGGCUCUGUUUGCUGUUUUUGUUGCACAUGGCCGCACAGAUCUCAUGCCGACUUACCUUGCGCGCAUGGUCAGUCAGGGCAUAUGGCCAACCGCAUACAUUGCGAAUCUUUUAAUCAAAGGCUACGCACAAGAUGGGCCAAUGGGACUUGUCGAGGCUCGCCGCGUAUUUGAUGCUAUGAUUGAUCCGCCAGCUGGCAUUGCUGCUGCUGGUAACCAUUUGCCGCGGCAUCAUGGCGCUGGCGCUUUAGGUAUACGGCGUGAACGACUCCCCGCUCACUCCAGCCGACAGGAACAUGCCCCGGAUCGGGCCAAUGUGUUGGGAGCGCUCGUUAACCGUGAGCCAAGUACCUACGAAGCGAUGAUUCGUGCUGAGCUUGCUUAUGGCCACACUGAUCGAGCACAAGCUAUACUGACUCGUAUGAAAGCUCGCGCUUUCCCUGCUGCUCUACUGAAUCGUGUACAGGCUAUGUUUGACCGUACAUAA